GAGACUGCCUCGCAAAGACAUGCCUGAGCACAUGACAGACACUGUCACACAUCUGACACUGCUGGCUACCGUUACACAGAGCCUCCUGAAAGAGAAUCAGGAACUGCGACAGACCACUGAGGACCUCAAAACAGAUAAUAGGGAACUAAGAAUGAGUUUUGAAGAUCUCAAGAAGGAGAACCAUGAACAGCAAAAGUUGAUCCAA